GCAUGCAAAACACCAUACUGUACUUUAACUCCAUACACCAUACAUGUGUUUUUGUUCGCAUCUGUGAUAAUAAUUACAAAAUACAAAUAAUUACAUGUAAAGUCAGAGCAUGUAAUUGCUGCAUUGAUAAAAGAAGGGACCACAUCAAUCACAUAAUUCAAUGUGCAUUUUUCAAACAUGCACACUUGGGGAGAUGUCAUGGCUCACAACAAAUUACAUUUGUGUUCUUCAGCACAUGUCGCUGUGUAAAUGUGAUUCACAUGACCACAUAGGCCGUUGCUUGAGAAAUACGCAGUGCCUGAGUGCCUGCCCAUGCACUAUGCUCAACACACAACACUCUACACAUACACACAUAGGUGUAUAAUUAUACUUGUAAAUAACAAAUGUAGCAGACAUUGGACCAUGAGAUGCAGCUGUGGAAAUCCUUCUCCACUAAAAUGUACUAGAAUGCAUGUUUCCUACUAUUUAUCAUGCUGUACAAAUCCUCUUACUAUGUACCAGUCCCAGUAUACAGCAUAUAGCAACAGUGUAUAUACAUACAGACCAUGCAUACAUGCACAAGAAUCUCACAAUACUGUUUCCUAGGAGACAAAAUUACAGCUGCACACAACACCUACAUGUCCUAGUAUGCGUAUAA